AUGAAUUCCGACUCCAGCUCGGCCUCCAGCAGAGCAUCCUCGCCAGACAUGGAGGAGCUGUACCUGCGCGACCAGCUCCAGCACCUGCAGCAGCGCCGCCACCACCAGCACCAGCACCACCACCACCACGAGGGCCGGCUCAACUCGGUGUCGUCGACGCAGGGGGGCGAGGGGGGCGCGGCGGGGGGCGCGGCGGAGGGGCUGGCGCGGGGCGGCGGCGGCAAGGGCGCGGCGGCGGGCGAGGGCGGCAAGUUCAAGCUGAAGAAGCAGCUGUCGGAGCAGGACCUGCAGCAGCUGCGCCUGAAGAUCAACGGGCGCGAGCGCAAGCGCAUGCACGACCUCAACCUGGCCAUGGACGGGCUGCGCGAGGUGAUGCCCUACGCGCACGGGCCCUCGGUGCGCAAGCUCUCCAAGAUCGCCACCCUGCUGCUGGCGCGCAACUACAUCCUCAUGCUCACCAGCUCGCUGGAGGAGAUGAAGCGGCUGCUGGGCGAGAUCUACGGCGGGCCCCACGCCGCCUUCCACUGCGGGGCCGCCGCCGCCGCCGGGGCCCACCCGCCCCACGCCGCCCUCCACCCGCCCCACCCCCUGCUGGGCGGCGCCCUCUCCGCCGCCAACCCCCCCGCCGCAGCCGCCGCCGCCCUCUCGGCCGCCCUGCCCGCCCUCGGCGCCAUCCGGCCGCCCCCCGCGCUGCUCAAGAGCCCCCCCGCGCCCCCGGCCCUCCCGCUGGGCGGCGGCGGCGGCUUCCAGCACUGGGCCGGCCUGCCCUGCCCCUGCAGCAUCUGCCAGGUGCCCCCGCCGCCCCACCUGGCCGCCCUCUCCAGCGCCGCCGGCCUGGCCAGGAUCGCCGCCGAGACCAAGGACCUGCUCAAGUGAAGCC